ACCUCCGCCCGAAAACUCACGAGCAGGAGACGAUCUCAAAUCCUAGCCUCCCGGAUUGUUGACAUUCGUAUCUCAUUCUCCCGCGCUUUUUGGGGUCUCAAAGGAGUCCGAGAAGUCGCGAAUGUGUGAAAUCGCCGUCCGAAAAGGCACAUCCGGGAGACGAUCCCACUCUCCGAUCCCUCGGACUGUUGACAUUUAGAUGGUGUUUUUCGCGCGUAAAAUUCUGCUUCUUUCGAUUUUCCUUUUGGAUUUUUCGCCUUUUCGCCAUGGAUGCUGACGGGGACGCAGCAUCUCCAUCGGCUGCAGACAGCUUGGCAACUUCUCGUUCCAAGCGAUCUCGCAAAGACAAGCAUGGACGAUUAGCAGCGCUUGAGAAACUACGAGAGCUGAAGGGGUCCAAAAAUAAAUAUGAAGUCUCGGAACUAGUAAAUGUGUACGAGGAAGUUGAUGAACGGGAGUACUCUCAGAGACGUCAGGAUCGCCUCGAAGAUGAUUGGAUUGUUGAUGAUGAUGGUUCAGGGUAUGUGGAAGAUGGGCGAGAAAUCUUUGAUGAUGAUGCUGGUGAGGAUGAUUUGUUUGUUGGCAAAAAGGCGAAAAAAGGUGGAAAACGCAAGGAAGCAGGUGGCAAGGCCUCUACAGGGUCUGUUGGGCGGCAAGGAGCAGGAAACAUUAAGAAUAUGCUCAUCAACAUGCCAGCGAAAAAGAAGAGAGCUGAAACUAAUAUCCGCCUGGAUGAUGAUGAACUACUGGGAGACAUCCUGCAAGACCUUGAUAAGGAGUCUGACACCAUCCGGCCACCAAUGCCAACAUUGCUCAAGAAGAAGGUGCCAAAACCUCCUAGUGCGGCACCUGUCAAUCCUUUUGCCAGACCACAGGUGACUACUCCAGUGCGAGUGAAGGCCUCGCCCAAACCCUUGAAGCCGAGAACCAUUUCAGAGGAGAAUGUGGUCAAUGGGACAUCACCGAAGGCCAAAAGAUCUCUGGAGGUGAAGGAAGAGCCUCUCUCAGAGCAGAUUGAUGAGUUUGAUUCCAUGGAUGUUAUGGAUAUGGACUUUGAUGAUGAAGAUGUAGAAAAUAUGGAGGCAAUGCUAGUCAAUGAAGAGAAAAAAGCUGCAAUAAAAUUGGAAAAGGAAGAGCCAAAAGAAGAGCUGAAGGAAGUGAAGGAAGAACCACAAGUGAAAGAAGUGAAAACAGAAGUGAAAACAGAACCAAACAGAGGAUUUACUGCCAAGCCAAAGGUAGAUGUUGCUCAAGUCACAACUGGCUGGGAGACUGUUAAGGGGGAAGUAAAGGAUGCCAGCAUUAUGCAAGAUGUCCAGAUUGAUGCUUCUAAGCUACCACUGACCACCAACAGUGAAGGAGAGCAGGUCCUCCGAUUUUAUUGGUUGGAUGCCUAUGAAGACAUAUACAAACAGCCAGGAACAGUGUAUCUGUUUGGUAAGGUUUGGAUUGAGUCGGCACAGACCUACACAAGCUGCUGUGUUGCAGUCAAGAAUAUUGAAAGAAGAAUUUAUAUACUUCCUCGUAGAAAGCGUAUGGACCUAAAGACCAAAGAAGAGUCGGAGGACCCUGUAGGCAUGAUGGACGUCUACCAAGAAUUUAACUCGAAUGUUGUCCAGAAAUACAAAAUUUUGGAGUUCAAGAGUAAGAAAGCGAAGAAGAACUAUGCGUUUGAAAAGUUUGAGGUUCCCAAUGAAGCCGAUUAUUUAGAAGUCCGAUAUUCAGCCAGUCUACCAGCCCUUCCAUCAGACAUUUGUGGUGAAACUUUCAGCCAUGUGUUUGGUACGAAUACCUCCCCCUUAGAAAUUUUCCUUUUGGACCGCCGGAUUAAAGGACCAUGCUGGUUAGAUAUCAAAUUCCCACAGUUGCCUUCACCAGUUGUCUCCUGGUGCAAAGUUGAGGCUGUAGCUGUCAAACCAGAUCAUGUAUCUGUUGUGGCUGGUCUGGUUCCUCCUCCAGUUGUGGUGAUGACAAUGGGCAUGCGAACCACUGUCAACCCCAAGACUCACCAGAAUGAGAUUGCAAUGGUGUCUUGUCUGGUUCAUCAAGAAUUUCCUCUUGACAAGGCAGCACCACAACCACCCUUCCAGUUGCAUUUCUGUGCAAUGUCACAUCCCUCUGAUGUUACAUGGCCAUGGGACCUGAAGGAUGCUUUGCCUAGAUACAGGUCGACUAAGAUUGAGAAAAUGGAAACAGAAAGAGCUCUCCUGGGAUUUUUACUGGCCAAGAUCCACAAAAUUGAUCCAGACAUUGUGGUUGGCCAUGAUAUUUACGGGUUUGACCUUAACGUCCUGCUUCAUCGUGUAAAUGCCAACAAGAUUCCACACUGGUCCCGUCUUGGUCGUUUAAGGCGUACACAGAUGCCAAAGUUAACCGGUAGAGGGUUUGCCGAGAGGUCAGCCAUGUGUGGUCGUUUAGUAUGUGAUGUAAAACUUUCUUCGAUGGAACUCAUAAGAGCCAAAAGUUACGAACUUGCUCCUUUGGUGAAUCAAGUUCUACGCAUUCCAGAGAGUGAAUGCAAGACUUUGACAGUGGAUGAAGUCAAGAAGAUGUAUGAAUCAUCAUCAUCAUUACUUCAGCUUGUAACAAUGACAAUGCAAGAUGCGUCAUAUGUCCUACGUUUAAUGUGUGAGCUGAAUGUACUUCCACUAGCACUACAGAUAACAAAUAUUGCAGGAAAUGUAAUGUCUAGAACACUACUUGGUGGUCGCUCUGAGAGAAAUGAGUUCCUCUUGCUACAUGCAUUUACUGAGAAGAAUUUCAUUCCUCCUGACAAGCAGUAUGGGAAAGCUAAUCAAAAGGGUGAGGAAGAUGUCCUGCCAGAUUUGCCAGACUCAGAGCUGGAGGCUGGAGUUCUCCCAACAGAAAUUCGAAAAUUGGUUGAGAGCAGAAGACAAGUAAAACAGCUGAUGAAACAACCAGAUAUUUCAAAUGAUUUGAAGUUGCAGUAUGACAUUCGCCAGAAGGCUCUGAAGUUAACAGCAAACAGUAUGUAUGGUUGCCUAGGCUUUUCAUUCUCCAGGUUUUUUGCCCGUCACUUGGCUGCUCUUGUCACAGGAAAAGGACGAGAAAUUUUAUUGCAUACCAGAGACCUCGUUCGGAAACUGAACUUUGAUGUCAUUUAUGGAGACACUGAUUCCAUCAUGAUCAACACGAACUGCACAGAUUAUGACCAAGUUCUGAAACUUGGGCAUAAGAUUAAAUCAGAGGUAAACAAGUUGUAUAAGCUACUUGAACUUGAAGUAGAUGGCGUUUUCAAGUAUAUGCUGCUGCUAAAGAAGAAAAAAUAUGCAGCUCUUACAGUUACCAAGCUUCCCAAUGGCCAGACAUUAGAAGAACAAGAAUUGAAGGGUCUUGACAUUGUGCGAAGAGAUUGGUCUCAACUUGCCUCUGAUUGCGGAAGACAUAUUGUGCAGCAAAUUCUUUCUGACCAGGGGCCUGACGAGCGUAUCGACAACAUUCAUUCGCACUUGGAGAAGCUAAAGAAUGAUCUUAAUGAGGGAAAGAUUGGGCUUGAUUUACUUAGCAUCACAAAGUCCUUAACCAAGAAUCCAGAAGACUAUCCUGAUAAGAAAAGUCUCCCUCAUGUCCAAGUGGCACUUCGCAUGAACUCUCGAGGAGGGAAGAAACUGCGGCAAGGAGAUACAGUACAAUAUGUGAUUUGUGAGAUUGGGCUUGAUUUACUUAGCAUCACAAAGUCCUUAACCAAGAAUCCAGAAGACUAUCCUGAUAAGAAAAGUCUCCCUCAUGUCCAAGUGGCACUUCGCAUGAACUCUCGAGGAGGGAAGAAACUGCGGCAAGGAGAUACAGUACAAUAUGUGAUUUGUGAGGAUGGAAGUAAUUUGGCUGCCACACAAAGAGCUUACCAUGUUGAUGAGUUAAAAACCAACUCGACUUUAGUCAUAGACAAGAACUACUAUUUAGCUCAUCAGAUACAUCCUGUAGUUUCUCGUCUUCUUGACCCCAUUGAGGGAACAGAUGCAGCCAGAAUUGCCGAAUGCCUUGGCCUUGAUCCUUCUGGAUAUCGAGUUUCAAAGCAGUAUGGACAUGGUGAAGAAGAGGAAGACUUGUCAACAACAGAAAUACCGGACGAAGAGCGGUAUCGCAUGUGUGAGAGGUUCACUUUCCAGUGCCCUGGGCCAGAGUGUGACACCAUCAUCACCAUGGACUCGGCCUUCAGAGGAGUGGGAACUGGGACGAAUUUAGAGGUGGCUCUGCAAAACUGUCCAAACCCAAAGUGCAAUUUCCCAAUUUAUUCUCGCCUUGCACCAAUUAUCAACAAGCUGAACUUAGACAUAAGAAAACACAUCAUUAAGUACUACAAUGGUUGGCUAAUCUGCGAAGACCCUGGGUGCAGCAACAGAACUCGCCGCAUUCCCCUGCGAUUCUCCCGAGGAUUCCCGAUCUGCAACUCCUGCGAAAAGGGAGUUCUUUUCAGAGAGUACACAGAGUCUCAGUUGUAUAAGCAACUGUGUUUCUACGAUUAUAUCUUUGACUUCCAAAAAGCUUGCCAGAAAAAUAAGGAUGAAAGAAUUCGUGAUGAAACUCUAAGAAAAGCCUACAACAUUCUACAGACAGAAGUACAGAAAAAGUUGAAGCUCAAUUCAUAUUCAGAAGUUAACUUAACCAAGCUGUUUGGAAGCCUCAUGGCCAAACCACAGUCAAGAGGAUCCUGAAAACAAAGGGGCAGUAACCAGGAAAAUUAAUCGUGCAAAAAAAAAAAAAACUCAGGAAAAAAGGAUCCUAAAUUUCAUUAAUUAUUCAUGAACUACAAGCUUCUGUUAGGAAAAGGAAACUACUAAAUAGACAGAAAAAUGGGGGGAAUGUUAGUACUUUAAAGGUUUCCUUGGGAAUUGUGCAUUAGCAUUAGGCUGUAUAAAAAGAUAGAGGUAAAUUUUUGAGUGAAUUUUGUGUGGUAAAUAGGUUAUAGGUUCUUAAAACCUUGAAGUCUAAUAUAUGUAUGUCACACAAUUCCUUUCUUCAGCAAUCUAUAUAUUAUUUAUCAAGGUUUGCAAAGCUUCAAGUUGAUUUUUUUUUUUUGUUUUUUUUGCUGAGUUGCAAUUAUCACAACAUAUUGUAAAUUAAUAAUUCGAGUGAGUCAGUUUUAUUUGUAAUGUCCUUAUUGAUUUCUAGAAUAUGUUCAUACACAAUAUGGUUUUUAGAAGCUCCUUGAAGCCAUUGUAAACGGUUAUGCAAGUCUGAAGUGAAACAUUGUAAAAGAGAAAACAAGAAUAAUAAUUUUACCAUGUGAUGUAAAUAUUUUAUAGAUAUUAUUUAGAAGAAAAAAAAGAUUAAAAUAUACUUAGUAAGUGUAAACUUUAGAAGUUAUUAGAUUGAAUUUGCU